AUGGCGUUCAGCAUGGGCGCGAACCCUGCGGGGAGCACUGCUGCAGAGUUGGGCCCUGAACUUCCAGAUGUUUAUGCGGAGGAGGUCGGUUUCAAAGGCGUUUCCGGUGAUAGCAACAUUCAAUUCCUCCCUACGCCCUGGCCUACCGACGCGCUUCCUGCCCCAACCUCCACUUUACUCGCCGUCGCAGCAACAAAAGGCAUAGCAGUCGGAGCGUGUCCAAAUGCUCUGUCUGUUGCGUCAACCGAAGCCGUGAGGGCGGCAAUAUCUGCCGACGGUGGGAAAGAAAAGGUCAAGACAAAGCCGUUUCAACCACAAGCAACUAUCGCACUUCCUGGGAGGCCUACGCACAUAGCCUUCGCAUCCGGCGACAGUGCAUUAGUACUCGCCACCGAGAACGGAUCUCAGCUUUCUGUUUUUGAGACAGGAAGCCUACUACAACCAAAUCCGCAGCCAGCUAUAUCCAUUCCUACCAAUGGUGCCACUUUCCGAACUAUUUGCCCCAACCCAGCGCAGGCCGACGAUUCCCACUCAUCCCUCGUGGCUCUUGUUACAACUUCCGGUGAACUAUUGAUUGCAAACCUCAAGGCUGGGAACCUCGUUACAGGUCCCCAAGGCAACAUCUUGAAAACUGAUGUUAGUUCUGUUUGUUGGAGUAAUAAAGGAAAGCAACUUAUAGCUGGUCUGGUGGAUGGGUCUGGCUAUCAGAUGACACCAGAGGGCGCCCAGAAAGAUACCAUCCCCAAACCACCCGACCUCGCAGAGCCCUGCCACGUGUCAUCCAUCGCAUGGCUUGAGAAUGAUGUCUUCCUAAUGGUUUACACUCCAAAUGCUGCUGAAGAUGACAUGGGGAUGACACCCUCGUCAUCGUAUUACAUUAUCACUAGAAAAAAGCAGGCUCCCUUUAUGAUACAGAAACUACCCGAACUGGCCAGUCCUUUUGGUUAUAAACGCGCACCCGCUUAUCAGUUCAUUGCGCGUCUCCGCUCCUACAAGCCGCACCUAUCUGACGCCUUGAUUGUGUCGUCAACGGCUUCUGCUGAUGUUGGACUUAUUACGAGGGCUGAUCAACCGCUAGCAAGCGACGAUAGUGCUAGGGCCACCGUGGGGCUAUUCACGACGACGGAAUUGAAUGAUGAUGCGAAGAAGGCUUCUGUCCCUUUGAAAGAUUCAGUUGAUGAAACCUCGGUAAUAGGUUUAGCACUCGAUCUCUCGAGCACGGAAUCCGUGAUAUCUCCCAUUCCAGGAGAGGAUAUCAAUGAGAGCUCAACUCCACUGCCCAACCUGCUUCUACUGAACCAUGAGGGUAUCUUGUGUUCUUGGUGGUUCAUAUACUCCGAUGCAGUCCGCCAGAAUAUUCCAUACGAUGGCCUAGCCUCCGUCAAACCGCAACAACAGCAACAGCCCAUGUUACAGCCGCAGCCAGCCCAACCCCAGCCUACGACGCAGCCCUCUUUCGGACAGCCGGCCUUCGGUAGCCAAGCUACCCUAGGAACAUCCACUUUUGCCUCUACAGGCUUCGGGAAACCCUCCGCGGCACCCGCUUUUGGGAGUCCGUCAGCUCUGGGAACGUCUCAGCAACCAAGUUUUGGGAAACCAUCUGCAACACCCGCGUUUGGGAGUCCGUCGGCUCUGGGUGCUUCCCAGCCGAAGCCUUCCUUUGGUAUGCCUGCGUUUGGUGCCCCCGCUGCAUUAGGGUCGGGUGCACCGCAGUUUGGUAAAUCUAGUUUUGGGCAGCCAUCAACGCCCGGAAAGCCGCUUGGCUCACUGCCUUUCGGAUCAAGUGGUGGUGCUACCUCUGGGGGCGGCUUUGGCUCGUUUGCAAAUACGGGCGGCGCGGGCGGUUUCGCUAGCCUCGCCACCACAAAACAGCCGGAAAGCUCACCCUUUGGCAAAAUGGCCGGCGAAAGCCCUUUUGGGAAACCUUCUGGACCGUCAGCCUUUGGUGCUCAGUCCGAUAGCAGCGCUUUCACGCCUCAGAAGACGGAAGAAUCAAAGGGGGCUUUCGGCAUGGGGUCUAGCAGCUUCGUCUUAGGAUCAACCUUUAAGGGAGAUGGAACUGCCGUUAAUGACGCACCCAAACCGGAUAAGCCUUCUGGAAUGUUUUCAGCACUUGGGUCAUCAAUGGAUGAUAUGGUGUCGACGCCUAACAAGUCUAGCCCGCCCACAGAAGCCAUGGAUGACACUGAAGACUCAAAUUCUCCUGCUCAGGAACUCCCUGAGGCCAAAGAACCCGCACCAUCCUUGUUCGGUGCCCCAUCGAAGCCCGCCCCUGGGUCUUCGGUCUUUGGCUCUCUCGGGUCUCAAACCCAAGCCCAGCAACCCUUUGGCUCAACUCAAACGAAUAAGUCACCAUUUUCAUUACUGGGCAAUACCACGACUGAAAACCAAGCACCAAGCCCUCCAUCAGCUCCAUCGGAGAAGACCGCUAUCGCUAGCCCGCCUUUAACGCAAGCCAAGUCACCAGAGCCAGAGCCGCCCCUACCCCCCGACUCUACAAGUAGGGCCGUUUACGGGCCAGGUGAUACAUCCGCGUCAUCCAAUGUUUCCAAGAGUUCUGUUGAUGAUGCACCCCUACCACCGGACUUCACCUCGCGGCCUAAGUCUGCCGAACCCGAGAGCGAACCGCCUUUACCACCAGACUUUACCACUCUGAAACCAAAAAAGGAGGAGUCCCAGGCUCCAGAAGAAGCUCCACUACCUCCCGAUUUUGCAAAACGCAGUGCGCCCUCCGCGAAAGAGCCACCUCCGAUUCCCGAUGGCUCGGAUGCAGAUGAAUCAGAGAAAGGGCCCCAGGAUGAUGAGUCUGAUUUUGAGGACAGUGGAGAAGAUAUCACCCAUGAAAUCAGUCAGCCUGAAACCGACGGGCCAAGCGUCAAGUCAUCACAGGAGAGUUCUUUCGACACCAAACAAGGCGAGGAAAGUCCAGCUGAAGGUUUGUUUGGCAACCAGCUUUCACGGCAACAGCCGCGGCAGUUGUUUGGUGAAAUAAGCAAACCCCUGUUUCCACCAGCGCAGGCCCGUGAACUUCCAAGGUCGCCUAGCCCUGUACGACCUGCUCGCACUCAACAAGGUCUUCCGAAACUUGAGAAUCUCCGGUCCGUCAGUGCUCCUCACAGACCGGGAAGCGCUCUUGCAGCUCGCAAGGCCUCUCUCUCGGAACUGGCCAAGCGCGAGGCUCAGCUAAAACCGGAGCCCAGCCGCACCCAGGAGUCGCGCCCUCAGCUCUCUAUUCAAGCACAGGAAGAAGCCCUAUCAGAUGAUGAAGACGAGAGACUUCGCGCGGAUCUUAGUCGACCUCUGGAACCCGUCCCUACACUUGAUCCUUUCCUACCACACCAAGAUUAUACGGGUCAAACCACGAAACCCGGCAUUCCUGGUCAGAUCGAAAGGCUCUACCGGGACAUCAACUCUAUGGUUGACACUCUUGGUAUUAAUGCGCGAUCAUUGUCUUCUUUCCUCCUAUAUCAACAAGAAUCGACGAACUCCGAUUGGAUCAGCACUCUAAAGGGUGACAGUCCCGCCGAUAUUCUAGAUGAGAAACACCGUCUUCGACAAAUUGAGGAUUUGGAUGAUACUGUUGCCAUUCUCAGGGAUUCACUAGAAGAACAACGGGUCCAAGGGGUUAAAGAAAAGCUGGAAAGCUGCAGAGAAAUGCUGAGCAAAGAAAUUCUCACCCUUCGCAGUCAAUGUGCAAGUAUCAGAAAGACUCUCGAUGCACACACUGAUGCUGCUGCAAUCGUUUCUGCGCCUCUUUCUGCCGAGCAGGCGAACCUCCAGCAAGAUCUUCGCACCUCGUCAGCCGAAAUACAAGCCAAAUUGGUAGACCUAGAGUCCGCGGUGUCUCUUCUACGAGCUAAGAUUGCCGAUGUCCCGCGCGCCGAUGGAUCGCGGCCGACAACAAGGCGACCAACAGUUGAGGCUGUCACAUCGACCAUCGCUACGAUGAUGAACAUGGUCGAAAAUAAAAGCGGCGAUAUUGACGUACUAGAAGUCCAAAUGAAAAAGCUCGGCUUUGAUACAUCGGCGACACCCACCAGCCGAGAGGGGUCUCCUUUCACGACACCUAGAAAGGGACUUGGAAAACUCCCCACUACUCCUGGAUCUCGUGGGACCAUGGACGAUCCGGUCAGUUCAUAUCACACGCCAGAUUCUGCUGCUCGCGGGAAAUUCCGGUCGAGUGUCAAUGGGUCGGCAAAAGCAAGUAGGCUUCGAGCCAUGGAAGCUGUCGACAACGUUGGUAGCAAAAGGGAGGUCGCGCAAUGGAAGGCUAAAAUGCAGCGAAAACAGCAUUUGAUCGGGAGCCUCAAAAAGGCCAUUGGGGAAAAGGAAACGAAGGUUCGGAGCGUGGAUGAUCUAUAG